AGGGGGGAGACGACGACGCCACCACCUACCAAACCCAUCGCACACGUCCCUUCCCUCCCCUCUCUCUCUAGACUAGACUCUCCUCCCUCCCUCGGCGUGGCGGUUGCACACCCCGUCGCCUACUCCAUUCCAUUGACCUCGCCUCGCCUCUCCCUCCCUCUCUCUCUCUCUCUCUCUCACUUCUCCUCCUUCCCAAAGGCCAAAGCUUGGAAUUUUCCCGUGCCGAGCGGGACCUUCCUUCCCCUCGCCGCGUACCCUGAUUCGCCGGCGGACACACCAAGGCAAACCCGGCCCGACCCGCGUGCGGUGGGGCGGGGUCCGUCUCUGGGUGCCUUCCGUGCCCGGUGCGUGCGCCGCGGGGCGCAUUGUUGCCUUGCCUUGCCGCACCCGCGGGAAUGGAGAUUCCCGCCGCCUAUUAAUCCUUCCUCAGAGGGCCCUUCUCUUUCUUGGAGGAGACACAAGCGCAGCGCCGCGGGAAAGCCGGGCGCCGCAUGGAUCGGGGCCUCCGGUGUGCCCGCCUCAAGCCGCGGUUUUGGCGUCUCGGCGAAGCGGGGCGGAGGAGGACGGCGGCGGCGCCGAGGCGGCAGGGCGGGAUCUCGGAGGACCCGCUCUGUUGACGUGUUCUUCUUCUCCUUCUUCCUUGGAAAAGAGGUGAUUUCGCCGCCGCCGAGGCGGCUCGGCCCAGCUCAGUCCCUGCGCUGCGCAGCUCUCUCUGUGCGUGCGUGGCGUAUUUGCUUUUUUUAGGUAGGUUGGGGGGGGGGGGUGGAGUUGGGUGGGAGGGGAGCUGGAAUUGAUUGCGGGGGGCUUCCUUGGAGGUCAUUGCAGCUCGAAUCUGAGCUCCUCUCCUUCUGAGGGAAUUGCCGAUUGCGUUCUGCAGUAAGAUUGGUUUGGAGCUCUGUUGCCCCCACUGUUCAACAAGAUUGGAGCAAGGUGGCUGCUUGACGGCGGUGGCGGCCAAGAACCCUGAAUCUGUGGCCCUGUCGGCUUCUCAGGGGCGUUCGGGGAGUGGCUUUGGUGCAGUGAUUCCAUUGAGUCUGGAGGAAUGGCGCGGCACCGGAUCAAGAGGCUGGAGAAGCUCAAGCUCAGCGCAUUGUUGACGUUCAUCCGCUGUCACAGGGGCCCCAGCGAUGAUCACUCGCGGAUUGGUACGGUGGGGUUCUCUCGGGUCGUGUACGUCAAUGAACCGGAUAGGCUCGGGGAGGAGGGAUUCAGAUACCAGCUGAAUGAGGUGUCCACAACAAAGUACAAUCUGGGCACCUUCCUGCCCAAGUCCCUCUUCGAGCAGUUCAGGAGGGUAGCCAACUUCUACUUCCUUGUCUCGGGUAUCCUUGCCUUGACCCCCCUCGCGCCUUACACGGCAGUGAGCGCGCUUGCCCCACUCUGUGUCGUGAUUGUGGCCACCAUGGCCAAAGAAGGGGUUGAGGACUGGAGGAGGAAACAACAGGAUCAUGAGCUCAAUAACCGGAUAGUCAAAGUGCAUAGGGGCAAUGGCAAUUUUGAAGAGACAAAAUGGAAGAACAUCAAAGUUGGAGGUGUAAUAAAGGUGGAGAAGGAUAAUUUCUUUCCCGCUGAUAUGAUUCUGCUUUCAUCUAACUAUCCGGAUGGAAUCUGUUAUGUAGAGACUAUGAACCUUGAUGGUGAAACAAAUUUGAAAAUUAAACAAGCUCUCGAGGUGACAUUGGAUUUAAAAGAGGACAUAAAGUUCAGAGAAGUCAGACAAACAAUAAAAUGCGAAGACCCAAAUGCAAACCUAUACUCUUUUGUCGGUUCAAUGGAAUGGAAAGGCCAGCAGUAUCCUCUGUCACCCCAACAGCUUCUUCUUCGGGACUCAAAACUACGGAACACAGACUACAUAUAUGGGGCUGUCAUCUUCACAGGUCAUGAUACUAAAGUGAUGCAAAAUGCUACUGAUCCACCAUCUAAAAGAAGUAAGAUUGAGAAGAAAAUGGAUAAAAUUAUUUACAUUCUGAUGUCAUCUCUACUCAUGAUUGCGUUACUUGGUUCUGUCUUCUUUGGGAUUUGGACCAAAGAGGAUCUAAGAGAUGGCAAGCUCAAAAGGUGGUAUCUUCGUCCAGAUGCUAGUACUAUAUUCUAUGAUCCAAAACGAGCUACUGUGGCAUCUUUCUUCCAUUUGUUGACGGCCUUGAUGCUGUAUAGCUACUUCAUACCAAUUUCUUUGUACAUAUCCAUAGAGAUGGUGAAGCUCUUGCAAGCUCUAUUCAUCAAUCAGGAUAUCGAAAUGUAUCAUGAAGAAUCAGAUAAGCCAACUCAUGCUCGCACGUCAAAUCUAAAUGAAGAACUAGGUAUGGUCAAUACAAUUCUAUCUGAUAAGACUGGGACAUUGACGUGUAACAUGAUGGAGUUCAUUAAGUGCUCAAUUGCUGGCACUGCCUAUGGUCAGGGUGUCACUGAAGUUGAGAGAGCUAUGGCUAUGAGGAAAGGGGCCCGGUUAGAUGAUGACAUUGAGAAUGGAGGCCACAAGGACAAGAAAAUUGACGACAGUCCUCAUGUUAAAGGGUUCAAUUUCAAGGAUCCGCGAAUAAUGGAUGGAAACUGGAUACAUGAGCCUAAUAAAGAUAUGAUAAGAGAUUUUUUCCGGCUCUUAGCCAUCUGCCACACAUGCAUAGCUGAAAAAGAUGAAAAUGGGAAGGUUUCAUAUGAAGCUGAGUCCCCUGAUGAAGCUGCAUUUGUUAUCGCAGCGAGAGAGUUAGGGUUUGAGUUUUACAAGAGGUCGCUGACAACUAUAAUUGUUCGUGAACGAGAUCCAAGUCAGAAUGUUGUUGAGAAAAGAAAGUAUGAGCUCCUAAAUAUAUUGGAAUUCAGUAGCUCAAGGAAACGGAUGUCUGUGAUAGUCAAGGAACCAGAGGGAAGGAUAUUACUUCUCAGCAAGGGCGCUGAUAGUGUGAUGUUCAGAAGACUUGCACCACAUGGAAGAAAAAUUGAAGAAGUUACAAGAAGACACAUAAAUGAGUAUUCUGACUCUGGUCUAAGAACCUUGGUUCUAGCAUACCGUGUCUUGGAUGACAAAGAGUACAAGGAAUUCAAUGAAAAAUUGAACGCUGCCAAAAUAUCUGUAAGUGCUGACAGAGAUGAAAAAAUUGAGCAGGCUGCUGAUAGCAUUGAAACGGACUUGAUUCUUCUUGGUGCCACCGCUGUUGAAGACAAGCUCCAGAAAGGGGUGCCUGAAUGCAUAGACAAGCUUGCACAAGCUGGAAUUAAGAUAUGGGUCCUGACAGGUGACAAGAUGGAGACAGCUAUAAAUAUUGGGUUUGCAUGCAGCCUACUUAGGCAAGGCAUGACACAGAUAAUCAUCACACUGGAACAAUCUGACAUCAUCGCAUUGGAGAAAAAUGGAGACAAACUUGCAAUUACUAAGGCAUCAAAGCAAAGGGUUAUGGAUCAGAUAGAGGUUGGGAUCAAACAGAUUCCACCUUCAACUCAAGUUAGCACUGAAUCAUUCGCACUAAUCAUUGAUGGUAAAUCACUAACUUAUGCUUUGGAAGAUGAUGUCAAGUUAAAGUUCUUGGAUCUUGCUAUCAAGUGUGCAUCAGUGAUUUGUUGCCGAUCUUCACCAAAACAGAAGGCACUGGUUACAAGACUUGUUAAACAAGUAACACAUAAAGUGACUUUAGCAAUAGGUGAUGGGGCAAAUGAUGUUGGGAUGCUUCAAGAAGCUGACAUAGGGGUUGGCAUUAGUGGUGCUGAAGGAAUGCAGGCUGUCAUGGCAAGUGAUGUUGCCGUUGCCCAAUUCCGCUUUCUGGAACGGCUACUUCUGGUGCAUGGACAUUGGUGUUACCGGCGCAUCUCAGUGAUGAUAUGCUAUUUCUUCUACAAGAAUGUUACUUUCGGUGUCACCAUCUUUCUGUACGAAGCGUUUGCAUCUUUCUCCGGGAAGCCAGCUUAUAAUGAUUGGUUCUUGUCACUCUAUAAUGUUUUCUUCACUUCCCUUCCUGUCAUUGCUUUGGGGGUGUUUGACCAGGAUGUGUCUGCCAGGCUGUGCAUACAGUAUCCGCAGCUCUACCAAGAAGGAGUGCAAAAUAUAUUAUUCAGUUGGCGUCGGAUACUUGGCUGGAUGCUUAAUGGUGUUAUGAAUGCUGUCUUGAUCUUUUUUUUCUGCAUCACUGCCUUUGAGGAUCAGGCAUUCCGUCAGGAUGGUCAAGUUGCGGGCUUGGAUGCCCUAGGUGUCAUCAUGUACACUUGUAUUGUAUGGGUCGUGAACUGUCAAAUGGCGCUCUCUGUGAACUACUUCACCAUAAUCCAGCACAUCUUUAUAUGGGGCAGCAUCGCAUUUUGGUACCUCUUCCUCCUGGUCUAUGGUGCCAUAAACCCGAGGUUCUCAACAACAGCAUACAUGGUCUUCAUUGAACAGUUGGCCCCGGCCCUUUCAUUUUGGUUGGUGACACUUUUCGUCGUGAUGGCAACACUUGUCCCCUACUUCAGCUACGCCGCAAUCCAGAUCCGGUUUUUCCCGAUGUUCCACAACAAGAUUCAGUGGAAAAGGUACUUAGGGAAGGCUGAAGAUCCGGAAGUAGCAAGGCAGUUGUCAUCACGGCAUCGGACAUCAUCACAGCAGAGGAUGGUCGGUAUCUCUGCUCGUCGAGACGGCAAGGCUAUGCAAAUAACAAGGGAGACAGAGCUAGAGGUUCGGGAAUAGCAUUUUCAGUAGAUUUUGCGUUUUGUACAGCUUAUAGGAUAUUGUCUCUGGAAAGAUGACAGCUGAACUGAUUGGAACCUGGGGAUUCCUGGAUUCCUGCUUUCUAUGAUGUUUGUCGUGGGAGCAGUUCCAGUUCAGAUGAUAGAGCAAGAUCACAGAUUGCUUAGAUAGAUCACAAGGAGGCCAAGAGAAUACCUGCUGUAAAGUUCAUUUUUUAGCAGUUCAAGGCUUUGUGGGUUUUUUUCGCCUUUCUCUCACACAUGUAGAUGCUUGUAACCAGAUUGGUAGAAUUUCGUUUUGCGUUGUCUUCCUUUUACCCCCCUUGCCUGUCCUAUCUCAAUUGUAUUUUAAACAAUAAUGGUAAGGCUUCUGAUUUGAGUGGCUUUCAUGUUUUAUUAUUUGGAAAGAAUCCUAAAUGGAUGAUUUCCGAUGUAAUUACACUUGUGUCUAAGAGAUUUAUGUAAAUUGCACUUGUUUGCAUGACUUUGCUAA